AGCAACGUUUUACAGUCACGUGAGCGUCGCCAUGGUGCCAAAUGACUCUACAUUGCAUUAGCUACAUGCUAGCAUGCUACGACUGACUUCGCUAUGUUCCUGCUGGAAAACUGAAAUGAGCAGCAAUGACAUUUGUCUGCUUCUUGGAGCAACUGGCGUCGGAAAAACGUUGCUACUGAAACGUCUACAAAGGAUCAGUGUGCGUGGAUUACAUGAACUGGGGGCACCUCCUUCCACUCUUCCAACAGUAGGAACCAACCUGACAGACCUGACACUGAAGAAGAAGAAGGUGACAUUAAGAGAGUUGGGAGGCUGCAUGGGCCCAAUAUGGCCAAGUUACUACAAAGACUGCUCCUCUGUCAUUUUCAUGCUGGACUCAGUCAACAUUGCUCAGAUAUCCUCAUCCUGUAUCCAGUUACUGUCAGUACUCUCUGCUGAGCCUCUGCACCAUGUCUCCGUGCUGAUUCUCUUCAACAAGAGGGACAUGCCUUGCACUAUGAGCCUUAUAGAGAUACAGUCACUGUUCAGAAUUGAUGACAUCAUUGCGUCUGCUACUCAGCCAAUCACAACACUGGAAGUCAGUGCCCACUCUGGAGAAGGACUUCAAGAGGUGCUGAGCUGGCUGGAGUCCAUCACAGUCAAGUGAACUAUCAUACAUUUGCUCCUUGUUAAGUGAUACUACUCUCACAGAACUUUAAAUAAUGACCUCGAGCCUUUUGGCAACAGACGUCAGUGUUCUGGAUGUGCAAAGACUGUUCACACAUUGUUUUAAAGAGGAUUUAAUGGUUUGUUAAGUGUUAGACUCAUUGAAAAAGUGGCAAAAUGUGACAAGAAAAUAUCUUAAUGCUGUAUUUUUGGUACUUUAUAAAUGCAGUAACUGUUCAUAAGAGUGAAUGAGAAAUGAGAUGUAUGUAUCAUGGCAGAAUAGAAUGAUUGCAUGGUUAGACGUUUUUACAUUUGUCAAAUCAGCACUACUGUAGAUCUGACCUGCAGUUAAUGAUUAUUUAUUCUGGUCACUUUUACGAAUUAAAUUCUUUACAGAUAAAGUAAACGGCCAGGAUUCAUGGCUGACGGUAAUGUGAUUAUAGCACUUGGAAGGAAAGCACUGGGGGAAACCUCAUGCUACUCUUAAGUAAGGGCUAAUUUUAUUCAGAAAUAAAGUAAGCUCUUGCUUUUCAGUUAAGUGUGAAGAAACACACCUUAGAAGAGCCUGGCUCUUCAGUCUGAGUGAUGGAAGUGACACCGCUGAGUAUUAAUGAGUCAUUACCAGCAGGGGGCAUAAA